AUAUAUUGCAUCAGUUCAGCAGUGCAGCUACAAAGAAUAGGUUUAAUUCCUUUCGAAAUACGGUUUUGGUAUCUCCAGUACAGAAUUCAAUUAUCUCAAUCUUUCAACGCGUUGUAAAAAAACAAUUUACUGAUCGAAGAAUUUCGGGAAAAGAUUCUUCAAUCUAGAUUUUGAUAUUUUGAUAUUUCUUCAAGUUUUGACAAAUACGAAGAUUAUAAGUCUGGUUUCGUUGAGCAGAGCUGUUAUUGUCAUCCCGUAGUAAUCGUUGAUAUGUAUCGAGUUACUUAAGUCAGAUCCAUUAUAACGUGACUAGUUGAACUUUCUGCUCCAAUAGCAAAAAUUGUGAUUGUAGUUUGCGUUAAGCCAACGGCACACGGUGCUUGUUUUCGUGCUGGAUUGCUUGCUGGAUGGAAAUACUCUGUUUUGAUUGGUGCAUUUCCAUCCAUCUUCAGAAAUGCACCAAUCAGAACAGAGUAUUUUCAUCCAGCAAGCAACCAGCACGAAAACAAGCAUCGUAUGCCGCUGACUUUAAUUAAGAAAAUAAUUUCUUUGCGACAAACAUUAAUCGAGGUAGAUUGAUGAGCAACAUAACCAUGACGUCAGCCAGCAGGAAAAGGGGUCGCGAUGUGGAAGAGGAAUCUAGCGAAUUCAUGCCAUUGAGCAAACGAAUCAAUAACCUUCAUAUCAACAGUCUGUCAGUUCUGCAGCAGAGAACGAUGGAAAGCAUGGAAACUGACGAUUGGGGAAGCGAAAAUUUUGUGCCAUCGCCCAGUUGCUCGGAGGUAUCUUCAAACUCACCAUCCAGAGACACCUGUAGCUCUAGCCAAAGCAGCUUGACCACUGAGUACAGACCAGACUUAGAUGCCAUGUCAAAUCCCUUUUAUUAUGAGAGUAAUAAGCUACUCUUUUCCUUAUACAUGGAACGUAUGCAAAGGAGGUUAAAUCUCUAUUAAUAAGUAUACAUGUUACUGAUUCUGUCAUGCCUACAAAACAUCUGCUUAACAUUCGACAGCCAGGUUUCCUUUUUGCCAUUCCUCUGUGUGACAUACUUUGAUGAUUUCCAGUCACUCGCGUUGAUCAUACAAAUUAUAUAAUAAGUGAUACGAAAUAAACAAGUUUUGUAAAAGGCUGUACUAAUGCAUAUACAUCCUCGUUGCGCACAACCUUUAGGAUAUCAGGUAUUGUUUGUCACGCAAAGUGCAUGAAAUUUUAUGUAAAUGGAAAACUAUGAAUGACUUCCAUGAUUGUAUAAGAUGUGUAGUUGUAGAACUAUUUGUAGAACUUUAACUUAUCAUUAAUUUAUUUAAAUUUCUCAUCCUUUUCCCCAUUGUUAUGUUACAUUUUUAAUGAAUCAGCGAUACAGCAUACGGAAUCCUUAAAUCUUAAGUCAUAUGUAUGAAACACUAGGAUAAUGAAAUGAAGUAAAUAAAGUUAUUAAGUAUA